AUGCCGUACAACGCCAACUACGCGGCGUCGGUCUUCAGCCUGGAAGUCCUCGAGCCGUCGCCGCUGGACGACUCCCCGUAUGAAACUGAAAAGAGCUAUUUCCCCGAUGAGACCGCCUCAGAGGACCCACCGCCGAAGCUACUCUCGCAUUCAGCAACACUAGGCUUCAGUGGCCGUGGCCCUGCUUUCUACUUGACACGCAUACAAAAAUACUCAUCGUAUGCAUUCUCCGUAUUUGCCGCCGCCCAUAUCACCAACACCGCUCUUAUACCACUGGCAACCCGCUCGAUCGCCGCAAGUGACACCUACCUACUCCUGACCCGGCCCUACUACCAGGACUUUCCUUUUGAGCCUCUCCUUGUCGUUGCUCCUCUCGUCGCCCAUGUCGGCUCCGGUAUCGCGCUGCGCAUCUACCGGCGAAGGCAAACCCUGAAGCGCUACGCAGGCGACGGCUUGACUUUCUCCGAACGCCGUUCCGUACCAUGGCCGAAACUUUCCGGUACCUCAGCACUCGGCUACCUGACAACCAUCCUCGUCGGCGGCCACGCCUUUGCUAAUCGCAUCCUGCCUCUCUGGGUUGAAGGCAGCUCGGCCGGAAUUGGACUGGAGUAUGUCAGUCACGCGUUCGCACGGCAUCCCGCACUCACCUUCACUGGAUUCUCGGCCCUGGUGAGCGUGACCGUCUGGCAUGCGAUUUGGGGGUGGGCGAAGUGGUUGAACCUGAACCCGGCCAGCGUGGUGCACGGUGGUGCCAAGGGACAACUCAUCAGGAAGAGGAGGUGGUAUAGUAUCAACGCUCUUGCAGCUGCGGUCACCGGCCUGUGGCUUUGGGGAGGUCUUGGAGUUGUUGGUCAAGGCGGUCCUGCCACGGGUUGGGUUGCGAAGGAUUAUGAUGCGCUUUUCCAAAGCAUCCCGUACUUGGGACAAUACCUGUGA